AUACAGUACCACCUGGAAAUUUUCUUAUUGGAAAAAGCGUGGUGUUCCAUCCCCAAAACCAGUUCCUCUACUUGGCAAUACAUUGCAAGUGCUCAAAAAUGGCUUUCACCAACAGGUUGAUGCAUGGAUGAAAGAGUUGGGACCAAUAUUUGGUUUAUAUGCUUUUGGGACUACGUUGAUAGUUGGAGAUGUUGAUGUUUUACGUCAAAUCCUUAUCAAGGACUUUGACCACUUCAGAAAUCAUAGGCAAUUAGGUGUUGAGGUUAAACCAUUCAGUAAAGGAGUUGUAAGACUAACAGAUGAUCACUGGAAGAAUGUCAGAAACAUUCUGACACCUACAUUUAGUGCAGGGAAACUGAAGAAGAUGGUCCCAUUGCUAAAUGGAGCUUGUAGAGCACUGAUCAAGAAACUUUGUACUGCAUCUGAGGAUAAGGCCACCAUCAAUGUUAAAAUGCUAUACAAUGCUCUGAUGUUAGACGUUGUUGCAGCCACCAAUUUUGGUCUGGAUGUUAACUCGCAAGAAAAUCCUGAUAAUGCUUUCUUCAAAUACAUUGAGAUUAUGCUGAGACAGGGGAAGAAAUGGCUAAUGAUCAUCUUAACAAUAUCUCCCAGACUUUACAAGGUUUUUGAAUACCUUGGUUUUCGUAUAAUGGAUCAGACUGCUAUUGACUUUUUUAUGGAUGUUACGGAAAAGGUAAUUGAAGCAAGAAAGGCGGAUCCGAAUGACAAGCGAGUUGAUUUCAUCAGACUUAUGAUCGAUGCUCAUGAAAUGGAGCCAGAAAAAGAUGAGGAUGGCUUGGUGACCCAAUUUAAUGAAACUGGUUCUGAUCGGACAUCAAAAAAGGUUCCCAUGACCAGUGAAGAAGUUAUGUCACAGUCUAUUACCUUCAUCAUUGCUGGAUAUGAUACAUCAAGUACUUUGCUGAGCACUGUAUGCUAUCUCCUUGCUCUGAACCCUGAAAUACAGGACAAACUCAUAGAAGAGGUAGAUGCCAUCACAGAAGGUACAGAAAACCUGGAAUAUGAUAUUAUCUCGAAAAUGGUGUACCUUGAUCAAAUUAUUCAGGAAGCAUUGAGGAUGUACCCACCAGCCCCAACGACUGACAGGUUGUGCAGCAAGACUUGGACGAAUGGCAAGUUGACUAUUGACAAGGGUACUGUUGUUAUGAUUCCGAUCUAUUCACUUCAUCACAAUCCUGAUCUGUGGCCUGAACCAGAGAAGUUCAAUCCUGAUAGGUUUACUAAAGAAGAAAAGGAGAAACGCCAUCCAAUGGCCUGGAUACCGUUUGGUCAUGGUCCACGGAAUUGCAUUGGAAUGCGUUUUGCUCUACUGGUUGUGAAGUUUGCAUUGACUUCCAUUUUCCAGAAGUAUAAAGUGGUCCCUGUGGCAGAAACACCAGUACCAUUAGUAUCCAAGGACUUUGGUCGAAUCCUACCAAACUCUGGUAUUCCAUUGGGUUUUGAGAAGCGUGAAGGCAUCGAGUAGUUGUUGGUAUGAACUUUUAGAUGCUUUGCUAAAGUCAAUGUUUGAGGAGACAAAAAUUAGCUUUGUCACUAUUGCAAAAGAAUGUCAGUAAUUUUUGUCAGUGGUGGAUAAAGGAGGGUGGGGGAAAGCCAUCCCAGGACCCCCCACCCUACAUUUUUCAGAAUUAUAAGAGAGAGCCAUAUCCGGCCAUCUAGAGGUACAAUAAUCAUAAAUUUUCUUUCCUCAGCCCCAACCAUGGUGGGGUUGAGGUGGGUGGACAAGACCCUCUAUCUGUGAAAGUUCCUCCCUGGGCCUCCUUUAUUUUGGAAUUCCUGGACCCACUACUGGUUGUUGUCAAAUAAAUUUAAUCUUAGAUAGGACAUUUAUGUUAUUUUUUUUUCAACAAAAUGAAGACAUUCUGUAUGGAUGUGCUUUUGUAUAAUAUUUGUCUGUUUUAAAUUAGCAUAAGAAUAAUCAAAUAUAUUAAAUUAUAUUAAAUUGCUGUAAAUAAUUACCAUUAUUGUUGUUAAUUCCAAUUUAACAGAGAUACGAUGCUAGCUUAUAUAUUCUGCAAAUCAGCUGGUUAUGUUUUUUUUUUUUGUUUUUUAUUAUGAAUAAACCUUUCUGGUGUUUCAAUCAUGCUUAAUAUCUGACCAUAUUAAUUAUUUUUAAAUGUGGUGUGCCAAGUCUCAUAUCAUAUUUUUUGUGCUCCUUUUAAUUUUUCCAAUUUUAAUGUUUUUAACUUCAAGUGUUACUAUCUUGUGCAAAUGCAUGGUUAAUUUCUAGAUAUAUUAUAUUGUAAAUAUGUAAUUCAGCUUUUGCUGCAAUGUUGAUGUCAAUAAAGAAAUUUGAACUUUAAUUAUUUCGAGAUUAAUACCAAAGUAACCAUCAUGUGCUUUUAUAAUAUUCAUUGUG